GUUUGAUAAUAAUAAGACUCUACAUUCUCAAUAUAUUAAGUUUUGAAGUGUGUUUUGUUUAACGUUACGUUUAUUACGUUACAAGUUCAAAGUUGUUAAAAUGGCGUCAUGGGUUAUGCCAAAGAUAUCUAAAGAAAACAAAGAAAAAAAAUCCGAUUACAUAGACAACAUACUGCUAAAAGCAACAGACUAUACCAUAGACAAUGGUAUAUUUGGCCAAAACCAAUAUAUAAUUAAUGGUAGAGUUUUUAAGGAGAAUAUUAAAGUUAGUAAAUAUAAGGAGUUUGAGUUGUACAAAGUGAAAAUGGAUGAAUAUGCUGAUUCCUCGGGCGUGUCAAUAGAUGAUGACACCCACCUCCAACUGACCCUGGAACUGGUCCCGAACGGCUUCAUCAUAAAUUCAAACGUGUUCCUUACUCAUCAGCAGUGGCACACCAUCCACCUUGUCUCCGAAGACUUUCAUCGCUGUGCAGUGUGUGAGGUGUACUGUGAUGCUACCAAUCAUAUGGGUUGUAGCCAGCAUUUAGAGAAAAUGCAGAGAUAUAAACCGCUUCAUAAGUAUGAUUUGACUAUUACAAGGAAGAUCAACAGUAACUACCACUGCGGCGUCUGCAAUACAGUUUUCGACCAAUCUCUCAAAAACCAGCAUUAUUCGAGCAAAACUCACGAAGACAAACUUCUAUUCGCCAUCAACAGAGUCUCCGAUAUCAUGUACGAUUUCAAUAUACAUAACAAUAACAAUAAUGAAAAAAAAGAUUCGUACUACUUCAACAUAAAACAUAAUCAAAUAAUUCAUGAGCCAGAAAUAGAUGAUGAAGAUGAUGAGAUUAUAGAGAACAAGUAUUAUAACUAUGAUGAGAAUGAUUGGUACCCGUUGAACGAUGAUUAUAGUGACGAUGAUGAGCCCGCGCUGAAUUUGGAGUUUUCUUACGCGGCUAUGGCUAAGAAACCGAAGAGUGAUGAUUUGCCGGAUGUUUUGGAGGUUGAUUUAGGUAAUAAAAAAGUGACAAUUAAAUUCAACUCGUGGAACAUGCUGAUCCGUCCAAUGGCCAACCGUUUCUACUGCAUGGCGUGCAAGGAGCUCGACCAUAUACGGAAGAGGGCUGAACACUGCAACAGCGAGGGACACUUGGCUAGGCUCAACGAGUGCACCGUGGUUGAGGAGUAUGAGAAGCAUUUUGUGAGACGGGUGGACGACAAAUGCUACCACUGCGGUCAUUGCAACAACCUCCAACUCAUCAACGUCAUGGACGACCACAUUCGCUCCGUCCACAAUCACCCCACAACCGUCUCAUCUCUCCUCAACUCUCCCCACAAGAAAAUCAUACACUCCACACCCACGAAAAAAGAAAAAACUGAAGUUGCUAAUAUAAAUGAGAGUAAUAUAAGCCCCGAAGUGAUCAAAAUAGAUCCAGCGAAAGUCUUCGAAGGCUUAAAAGCAGCGAAUACUAAUCUGGAUGACAUAAUAAUUUGUACUUUUGGUAGUACACUUAAGAUAUCAAAGUUAGCGUUUAAUAUAAUAUGCCAAGGGGAGAAUGAUUAUUACUGCGGUAUAUGUGAGGUUAAUAUAGACAAGGGGGCGCUGAGGGGGCACUUGAGCGACGCGCGGCAUCUCACCAAGCUGGUGCAUACGCCGUUCAUACACGCGUUCAAUGUGCAUCUGUUCAGAGAGAUUCGCGACGCUCUUCACUGUGGCCUAUGCAACGAGCUUGUUCAAAUAAUGCCAGAAUUUAUAAUAAAACAUAAAUACCUCGAAAAACAUAUUGUAAGCCUCCACAGAGCUCUCGGCUAUUUCAACAAUGACCUAUCAGCGGCUAAAAAUGGCACAAAUGUUAAUAAUGCUAUACCGAAACCAGCAGAAAUACCUAAAAUGAUAACUACAAAUGAUAUAACAAGUAAUGUUAAUACAGCUAACGGUAUCCAAAAAGUACCUGUAAUGAAUAAGAAUGUUCCUUUAAAUAAUAUACCGUUACCAAAUAUAGUUAAUAAGAUUGUACCUGUUAGUAAGAAUAUAACUAUAACCACUGUUAAUAGUAAUAAAAAUGAAAAUACAAAGAUAGAAGCUACUAAAAAUGUCAAAAAUGGACAUAUUGCCAAAGACAAUACAAAAGUAAAUACAGAUAAUAAAGCAGUAAAUGUCAAAAAUGGUUCAAAUAAAGAAAAUCUAAAUUUGAACAAGGAAGCAGAUAUAUUUAAAAAUGAGGAAUUUGUGACUGUAAAGAAUGGUGUCAAAGACGAACUGCCUGACGAUUUAGACGAUUCUUACAUCGAAGAUUUUGAUUUAGAAGAGCAUGUUUAUUUAAAACUUGGUACUAGUUAUAUAAAGAUUAGUAAUACUGCUUACAAUUCUCUAGUAGAUGUGGGCGAUGGUAGUAAAUACUGUUUUGUGUGUUCCACUGCAGUGUGUGAAUUGAGCAAACAUGUUGAGAGCCGGGGCCAUAUGGAUAAUAUGGACAAGUUCAAGUUUGUGGAUAAGUACAAUGAAGAUCUUUUGAGACAGUUUUACCUCAUGUACCACUGCAGCAUCUGCAACGUAGUGAUCACCAGAAAGCAUCUCCACCAACACCUCUCGUGGCCAACACACGCCCUCCAAACCGAGAACACUAAAAUAUCAUCCAAAAAACGAAAAAAUGAAAUCAAAACCGGCACGAGACAAAUCACCGUCACUACACAGAAGGAAAAUAUCUAUCUUAAUGAAAAAGAGACUGAUAUUAAAAUAUAUAAGAAUAUAACUAUAGAUAAGGAAAAAAUACAGGUUAAGAGACAAAAUAAAAUAGUGAUUUUUAAUGAUAAUGUUUUAAAAGUGCCCUUUGAUUUUUGGCAUGGGUUGAGUGAGAUACCUAACGGGUAUAAGUGUAAGGUUUGUCAGAGUGAUUUCGAUGAGAAUGAGUUUGGGCUACAUGUGGGGAGUGAGUGGCAUAAGGGGCAUUUGGAGAAGAUUGAGAAACAAUAUUCUCCGGCGCUGAUCAGAAAGAUAAACGACUCAACCCUAAACUGCGUGAUGUGCAACACAGAAGUGACCAACAGAAAACACAUCGUCACCGAGCACAUCCAGGGCAAGAAACAUGUCAAGCACUAUGACAAUAUGCUUAAAGAGAGCUCCGGCGCCAAUAGCUAUGCCGACUGCGACCAAGAUGUUGUUAUGCUGUAAAAAAAUGUGCCACAUUUGGAACAAAAACGUGUUCCAUAUUUGGUACAUUUGUAACAUUAUCAAGUAACAAUUGUAACAAUAUUUAAAACUUUAUCAAGUUUCGAAGAGAGCUUUGGUUGCAUUUACGAACAAGGUGUUAUGCGAUAAAUAGUACAAAAACGUGUUCCAUAUUUGGUACAUUUGUAACAUUAUCAAGUAACAAUUGUAACAAUAUUUAAAACUUUAUCAAGUUUCGAAGAGAGCUUUGGUUGCAUUUACGAACAAGGUGUUAUGCGAUAAAUAGUACAAAAACGUGUUCCAUAUUUGGUACAUUUGUAACAUUAUCAAGUAACAAUUUUAACAAUAUUUAAAACAUUAUCAAGUUUCGAAGAGAGCUUUGGUUGCAUUUACGAACAAGGUGUUAUGCGAUAAAUAGUACAAAAACGUGUUCCAUAUUUGGUACAUUUGUAACAUUAUCAAGUAACAAUUGUAACAAUAUUUAAAACUUUAUCAAGUUUCGAAGAGAGCUUUGGUUGCAUUUACGAACAAGGUGUUAUGCGAUAAAUAGUACAAAAACGUGUUCCAUAUUUGGUACAUUUGUAACAUUAUCAAGUAACAAUUUUAACAAUAUUUAAAACAUUAUCAAGUUUCGAAGAGAGCUUUGGUUGCAUUUAUGAACAAGGUGUUAUGAGUUAAACGGUACUUAAAAAUAUGUUUGAUCUAAAACAAUAUAUGUGAUUCCUUUUACAGUAGAAGGAAGAGUACAGCUAUUUAGACUGUGAUUUUAAAGUGAUAUGUGAAUCUUUAUUUUUAUUUGUGCCAUAUUUGGGACAUAUCCAUGUGUAUUAAAUUCGAGAUUUAAGACAAUUAUGUUAUGACAUAGAGUAUAGAUACGUUGCUGUCAGGGUAUAUUAAGAAUACAGUUAAGGUUUGAUAAAUUUGCCUUUCCAUUAGAAGAGUUCUUACUACUCAUGUCCAAUACGGAUCUUUUUAGCAUAAUUUUAAUGAAUGUAGUUAAAAAAAUGACCUUAUCACAUUUGACGCAUAAGGACACUUCUAAAGCAACAAAUUUUUACAUGUGACAUAUUUAGAACGCACUGUUUUCUUACUACAAUUGUUUUAAGGAUAAUAAAAAAUUACUUGCUAAUAAUAUUAAUUUCUGCUCAUAUAUUUGAAAUCUUUCUGAAACCCUAAAAUAGUAUAUAAAAUGUACAAAUGAUUUGUACAUUUAAGGUUUAUCGACCCAUAGGAAAAAAAAAAUUCCCGUCUUUUUUAGUGACAAGAUUUGCUCGACCGUCGUAUACCAUAAUUUUAUCUUUGAUUUUUUAUUAUUAAAGUACAUUUAAGUUUAUUCUUUUUCAAUUGUUCUAGUUGCAUAAUGAUUAUUUUCCAAUUUAUAUGUUAAGAAUACUUUCCAUAUUCAAUUCUUUAUACAUGGUUAAGUUUUAGUUCGAAAAUAAAUCUAGCAGAGGUUUUUAAAUUUCUUUUGUUUAAUUUGAUUAAAACAAUUGAUAUUUUAUUUUAUUCCUUUGCUCAAAGAUUUAAUUUCAAUAACAUGAUUAUUAUAAUAUGUAAGUUGCAAAAGUUAGUAUUUUUGUAUUAAUCUGAUAUUUUCUUAGGGUAUAAGUGACUAUAAAAAAUAGAAAUAAGUAUACAGGUUGUCAAAACUUGUUGACCUAUUUCGAUAAAAUAGAUCUAUAUAUUAGAAAUUUUCUAAUGCAAAAUUACUAAUAUUAUAAGUUUAAUAUUUUAUAUGAAACAGGUAUAUCAAGCACAAUGUAGUCAAGGACGUAGGUAGUUGAGCAUUUCUUUUUUUGCCAUUUUUUUUUAUUGUUUUAGUUAAUUUUAGGUCAAUUGUACUCAGAAUCACGAGUACUUUCAAUCUCACUGGGAGACAAAGUGUCCUAGAUUUCCAUACA